AUGGCUACGUCUUCAAGCCGUCGCUCUCGGUACACCAUGGAUCGCUUUGCCAUUCAUGGUCCCUUCCCCGGCAAAAAAAAUUCAACCUCAACUGACUCUGUGCGCACUAUAUCAGUGAGCCGCAUUAAAGAUUUGGACGUGGCCCGGAGUGCUGAUGCUGAAAUUCCUAAACAAAUCAUCCGCAAGGGAAUGCUAUAUCUCCUUCGAGCCACUCUAACUGUGGUCUUACAUCGUCUCACCCUCGUGGCCGUUGCUCUCGUUUUCUCCAUUUUAUUAGCUGGUUCUAGAGAGUGUGGACUACCCGGCCUUCCAGCUAGUGGCGCGUCUCGACGGGAACUGCCCUCAAACAUGAUCUGGGAGCAUCGACUGGAACGGCGCCUACAGCAAUUAGAGGAUCGCUUUCUAGCAAACGAAGAGUCUCUGGCCGUUGCGUUAUCUCAACAGGCAGCCGCUAUGGAAUCAGCUAUGAACCGACACUCCAAAGAUAUUCUUGGUCAAACCGACUACGCAUUACGAGGCCGAGGUGGUGAUGUGGUUCCAGAACUAACGUCCCCCACUCGCUCGCUCCCCGACCACACUUGGUUUUCCCAGUGGAUUCACCACGCCAUUGGCUGGGAUAUCCGGUACAAUCACAUCAAUCCGCCUACGGUCGCUAUUGACGGUGAUAUCUCCGUCGGAAAUUGCUGGUCAUUCGAAGGAUCCCAAGGUCAGAUUGGGCUUCUUCUAGCAGAAACCUUGCACGUCAAAGCUAUCAGUAUUGACAAUCCCCCCUCCGAUCUACUGACAGACGCAGAGAUCACUCGGGCACCAAAGGACAUUGUCAUAUGGGGUCUAAUUUCCGAAGACGACUUACCUUUGUUAGAUUCCUCUCUUACACUGUGUUCAGAGAACUGCUUCUCCGCACAUGCUGGCCAAAGGCAUACUUUCGUUCAAAUUUCCAAAUUCAAGUAUGAUACCGCGCACUACGAGCAUGUUCAGACCUUUUAUGUUCCAGAAUAUGUCACCUCUCUAGGCAUUACUUUCAGGACUGUGGUGGUAUUAGAGGAAGUCAGGUUCACAGAGCCCAUGUUCGUCUACCAGCCACUCGGCUGGUGGUCAAACAAACUCCGACCGGUGUCCUUCGCCAUCGGCCUUGUCACGGGCUGGAGGGAUUAUAAGCAUACUCGAGAUGAGAAUGCACAAACUGAUGAUACGGUUUUGCCUUUCUCGCUCAACGAACUUGAAACACGCGGACUGGCACCCUGGGCGGUCGCUACUAACAACGAACAAGCAGCCAUGGAGGUCGUCCCUGACAACGAUGAAGCAGCCAUGGAGGCCGUCACCUACAACGCGAAUCUUGUGCCUGCCCAAGGCAGCUACCCGGAUCCGCAGACCGAAGACAUGCCAGUUACUGCCCAAGGACCAGGCAGUUCACCACACCAACAGAGAUACGCCAUGCCGCUCAUACUCUAUGAUCGUACUUCACAGCGCGAUCUACUCGCUGAUCAGGCCGUGUCACUUGAAGCAUCACAGGAUCAUCUUUAUCCUUCCGGCAGGCAGGCAGCAUCAACUAUUCCUGUAAAUCAUGAUCUGCCCGCAGACACGAACCUUGCGCCUGUCCAAGGCAGUUUACCAGAUCAGCAGAGACACGUCACGCCGCUUAUACUCUACGAUAGCACCUCACAACGAGAUCUACUCGCUGGUCAAGCCAUGCCACUUGAGGCCUCACAAAAUCAUCUAUGUCCUUCCGGCAGCCAGCCAGUAUUAACCACUCCCGGUACAUCGGCGGUCAUUUCCAAACAAGUAGACGAUCAGAAGGAUCAGAAUCACGGUCUCAUUGCCAAGCAACUCGCCACCAAGAGCUCAGACGUUCUUCGUGACACCUCCCGGGCAAGGCAAAUGUCACCGUCUCCUUUUGCUCAUAUCGAGUCAGUCUCCUCGGGUAUCUCUUCGGAGUCCGAUAGUGCUGCACAUAUCGAAAAGGAGCUAGCUAUGUCACCGUCUCCUUUUGCUCAUAUCGAGUCAGUCUCCUCGGAUAUCUCUUCGGAGUCCGAUAGUGCUGCACAUAUCGAGAAGGAGCUAGCUGAAGCAUCGGUUUCAAGCAAAGACAUGACGGAUUACAAUUACCAACAAACGGAGUACGACUACCUGCGCCCAUUAGCAGAUCCAAAUUCUAUCUGCUCCCCCUCCCAGGCUAUGCAGGUUAGAAAUGAUGAUGAUGUCGCCAUGACUGAGGUGAUGGAUCACAGAAUGGGCCAUCUCCUGAUUAGACCCGUAUCAUCAAAAGUUCAUAACGGGGAUCAAGUACAAGUAGAAGGCAAAGGCAAGGCACCUAUUAGAGGAACCGGACCAUCGGCAAGCAAGGCCCAGUAUACCGAUCAGAACGUCAGAGAGCACACGAACCAGCGUCUCGCACAUAAUGAGCCAGAGACGCAGAUGGAUUCCUUUAACAUGGAAGAGGCUUUGAAGCACUUGGCCAGUUCGCCGCAGGACAUUGCAUCGCAUGAAGACCUGGCACUCUUAUUCUCAUACGUUAGAAAGUAUGAGAGUGUCCUCACUGAGCCUGAACAAGGUCCAGUGUCGGGUAAUCCUACUGCGGGCCAAAGGCCUUUGCAUGGCCGAGAUUUCCCUCCAUUCAAAGGCGACAUUGCUCUACUUAUCUCAUGCCUUCUCAGUAAUCUCAAUCACCUCAAAAAGCAAGCCACUCGAGCAGAAAAAACGUCACACAACAAUGACGUCCCUGGCGGCUUUAGCUCCAGCAGCGUGCACAUAAUUACCGAAGAAUUGGCAAAGACCUCCAUCAACGUCGAGUCAGGACCUCGCCAGGCGUCAUCCGAGAAACUCAUUUCGAACUCUUUGACACCCGCUAAUCAGUUGUCUUCGAAUGAAGUGAUUUGCGAGCAGAUGUCUGUCGACAAAGGAUCUGCUACUGGCGGCGGAACUAUACAAUCCCCAACAUCAGCCGUCGACGAUUAUCUAACGAAUCCAGGAAGCGCAAAGAGGCCAGCCACACGAUCUCAAACAUCUGCUAACGGAGGACCGCCAACCACGGCAACUACCGCCGCCCACAUAUCAGGGGAGCCGAGACGAACGCCUGCCGCUAGAGGACCUUCGAUCAAUCCAGUAACACCAGCUGUUCCCAAAGCGUCUGAUCAUAACCUUGCCAAGUCACCCGCUGUGCCGGCUCAAGGUCCUUACAAGACUCAAAAAGUUCACCGAAAACAGUCUAAAUUAAUAAUACAGGAUCAAAUAAGAAAAUACGCGCUGAAACUAUUAGGAAGAGCAGAUAUAACUAGUCCUUUCCCCAAGGGUGUCCCUCGUAAGGAGGAUAUCACCCUUUUCCGUGUGCAAAAACAUGUGGGGCCCACUGUUGAGGAUUUCCGCCUUGACAUCCAUGGCUUUCCUCUUUCGCCCUGGAAUAGACAGGCCAUCAAAAUCUUUGCGGAAGACUUCACGAAAAACCACGAUUUCAAAGAUACUCGCGCAGUUGAGAAGAUGUUCGGAACCCAUACGGUCGCUCUGCGUACUCAGUUUGCGGCAAUCAAUGCAGGAAGCAUCAGUAUAACUCGCCAGAAGCGCAACGAUGAUGCGGCCACGAAAGCAAUGUUGUCCAGAAAGCGUUCUUUUCAGAAGGUUUGGGAGCACAUGCCAUUAUGUGCGAUGAGCGAGGAUGAACUCGACGGCACUUCAUCGCCGCCUCGCUACGUCAUUACUAAUCCUAUCUGGAGAUCAGAGCAGGUAACUCAUUGGCUACGAACAUUAGACCUGGCGUAUCUUUCAACGCGAUUCAACGAAAAUGGGAGGGCUGGGAAAGGUGCUUUCCCUCAUUUGCGAGUUCCUUCUACGAGGGUGGCUUCGGAGUCUACUGCGCCAAAGGGAUUACCAAAAAACUGGUAUGCGGAAUCAUACCUUCAGACACUCACGUCUGGUGAGCAAAAGGCACUGGAAAUGUACGAACCAAUCCUACUCCCGCUCAGCAAGGCAGUGUUAAGCUAUGCAGAACGCUAUCGGGGAAUCAAAGGAAGAACGGAUAGAUUACCACCUCAAGUGGGUCAGAAGUGA